AAGCUUUAAUUUGUUACCCGAUAUCUGGUGCUGUCUGUUUGGUCUAUUAUCUAACUUCUACUGCUACUUUUUGGGUUUCUCUUGAGCUAUCUAGCUCGAUACUUGUUCUUGAUUUUGAUAUUGAUGUCUCCUUCCUACCAACAAUCGAAUUCAACACCACCAUUUUCCUCCUUCUGUAAAGUUGAAGUCUUUGUUUUCUAUCUGUCGAGUCUCUUCUCUCUCUAGAAUCAGGACUUGAUUAACUCUUAUCAACGAGACUUGGCUUGAGUCAGUCAGAAUUAAGAGAUCAUAUUUCGGUCUUAAACAUUUGUGCUUAUCCGCAUAAUAGUAUUCUUUAUUUACUUUGCAACUUCAAUGUCUCUUCGGAAACCCCCGCUUCCUAGGAUCCUCCUCAACAAUGUCUCUUGCAUGAGAAAUGCCCAACAAAUUUUGAGACAUGUGAAUGUCUCUGUUCAUGAUGGCGGAGCACUUGUGUUGACAGGCAGCAAUGGGUCAGGCAAGACUACCUUCCUGCGCAUGCUAGCAGGAUUUUCUCGGCCUUCUGCUGGUGAGAUCCUUUGGAAUGGUCAUGACAUCACACAAUCAGGGAUAUUCCAUCAGUACAAGCUUCAACUCAACUGGCUUUCUCUCAAAGAUGCCAUUAAAGAGAAGUUUACUGUCCUCGACAAUGUUCAAUGGUUUGAGGUCCUUGAAGGCAAGCAGGGCAAGUCCUUGCCAGCUUUGGAGCUCAUGGGGCUUGGAAGAUUGGCAAAAGAGAAGGCAAGAAUGUUGUCAAUGGGCCAGAGGAAAAGACUGCAGCUUGCAAGGUUGCUAGCUAUCGAUCGGCCAAUUUGGUUGCUAGACGAACCUUCUGUUGCAUUAGAUGAAGAAGGGGUAAGGCUGCUAGAGUAUAUCAUUGCCAAGCACAGAAAGAAAGGUGGGAUUGUGAUUGUGGCAACACAUUUACCCAUUCAGAUAGAGGAUGCCAUGAAUUUGAGAUUGCCACCGAGGUUCCCCAGACGGAUGACUUUGGUAGAUAUGCUCGAUCGUGCUGACAUAGCAUAACCAGUUGCAGAAACAUUUAGCCUAUGUUUGGAUAAAAAUUAGUUAAAGGA